AUGGAAAAGGAAGCACGAGGUUCAGGAGUGGGAGAAAUGAUAGGCACAAUAAAAGAAUUUGGAAAAAGAUUUGGGGGAGAAACCAAGAAAACUGUUAAACAAGGAUUAAAUAAAUUAGUAGAUAGUAUUGACACGGGAGAAGUCAAAGUCAAACAUAAGGAACCCACACCUCCUAUAGAACCUCAUCAAAUAGAAUAUCCCAUCGAUGGUAUUAUAAUUAGGACAUUAGAUGAUAUAAAUCAUUAUUUUUCAAACCCUGACCCAGAUUUACCAAAGAGCAUUUCACCAAUUGUUGAUUAUGAUGGGUUAUUGUUUAAUGAACAUAGAAUAAGAUUUGAAAAAAUUUAUCCUGUAUUCAAAAUCGAUAGAAUAGAUUUUAUAUUUACAACAACAGAAGGAUUAAUAGAUUUAAUGAAUGGUAAGGAUUUUAAGAUUGCCGAUUACAAGGAUUUAGUAGCAUACUCAAAAUUUCUAAGAGCAAUUAAAAGGACAGGACCCGACACAAAAAGAUUACAAGACGUUGAUAAACGUAUAACAGAACUUAUUGCUCGUGAAUAUGAACUUGAUGAAGCAGAUGAUUAUACAGAAGAUUAUCCACCAAUCAUACAAGAAAUAAACGAAUUCGAAGAUAUGAUAUCUGGACAAGGCAUGACGUUUUUAUCCGACAACAACGAAGAAUUGCUUAAUAGAUUACUAGUAAUAUUAGCGGCAAUGAAGGAAGGACAUCGAUCGCACAGACAAUAUAAUGAAGUAAAUUGUAUACUAAAAAGACUCCUAGAAAAAGGUAUCAUAGAUGAAAAUGAUUAUAAAAACGUGAUUAAAAAUGUCAAAUAA